UCUUUAUGAAAUCGAUAUCCAAGUAUAGACCUCUGCAAAAUAUUAACCAUCUCGAGAUACCACAUCUUAGUCCCUUUUUCUCGCACGCUCGAUGUUUCCGCCAUUGCCCAACUCCACCCAUUCUUGAAAACCAUGGAGAGGGAGGUCUGUAACCUAUCCACCAUUGAUGUCCAUCUCCCACGCCAGGCAGCUCCACGCCCGCAUCAUCAUCACCGGCCAGUCUCACCACCACCUCUCCCUUGCCAAGAUCCUCACCUCCUACUGCCAGUCCGAGCCCCUCCGCCCUUCCACCUCCCGCGUCCUCUUCGACAGCGUCCGCAGCCCCAAUGUCUUCCUCUGGAACACCAUCAUACGUGCUUAUGCCCGCUCCGACGUCCCCCAAGAGGCCCUGGUCCUGUUGCAGUGCAUGCUCCGCCGAGCCGACCCUUCUCCCAACGCCUAUACUCUCUCCUUCGUCCUCGACGCUUGCGCGAACUCCGGCAUCGUCGCACACGGCCGGUGCCUCCAUGCCUUCGCUGUGAGGCUCGGGUUUGAAUCCAAUGUGUAUGUUUUGAAUGCGCUAAUGCAUUCUCUUUCUAGAAGCGGUGAGUUGGAGUGGGCACGCAAACUGUUCGACGAAAGUCCCCAACGAGAUGUCGUUUCUUGGAAUAUUAUGAUCAGCAGCUAUGUCCAUAGCGGUCGCUUUGAGGAGGCUUUGUCAAAUUUUGCAGCCAUGGAAGACAAUGGGGUGAAGGGGAAUGCAGUCACAGUGGUGAGUGCGCUGUCAGCAUGUGCACAGUUGGGGAGAUUAGAGAUGGGGAGGAGGAUACAUGGCUAUAUUGGCACAAAUGGGAUUGGUCUCAACGAGAUCGUCCAGAAUGCCUUGAUCGAUAUGUACGCCAAAUGCGGAGGCAUGAUUGAAGCACGACGAACUUUCGAUGAAAUGCACUCCAAGAACACAAUCACGUGGAACUCCAUGAUAUCAGGUUAUGCAAGAGCUGGUUUUAUUGAUAUUGCACGAAGGCUUUUCGAUGAGAUGCCCAACAGAAACAUCAUCUCUUGGACAUCCAUGAUGACAGGCUAUGUUCAGAACGAGCAGCCUGGUCAUGCAAUUUCACUCUUCCGAGAGUUGCUGCUUAAAGGAUUUGAACCAGAUGAAGUGAUGAUGGUGAGUGCACUCUCUGCUUGUGCUGAUCUAGGAUGUUUGGAUCAGGGUAAAUCCAUCCAUGGAUUCUUGAACAAGAGAGGCAUUCAUCUGCGGUGCAUGCUGGGGGCAUCCCUGAUAGACAUGUAUGCAAAGAGUGGUAGGGUUGAUGCUGCGCUUCGGGUUUUUAACGGGCUGAAGGAGAAAGAUGUGAACUCCUGGACUGCAAUAAUAACUGGGCUUGCAUUGCAUGGCCAAGGAAGGGCAUGUCUCAGUAUGUUCGGUAGCAUGGAGCAAUCACAGAUAGCACCAAACGCAGUCACCUUUGUGGGUGUGCUUUGUGCGUGUAGCCAUGCAGGACUGGUAGAUGAUGGUUUCAGACACUUCAAUCGAAUGCGUCGUGUCUAUGGGAUUGAACCAGAGAUUGAGCACUUCGGUUGCAUGGUGGAUCUUCUGGGGCGUGCAGGUCGCCUGGAUGAAGCUGAAGAUUUCAUACUGAAAAUGCCGAUUGAGCCCACUGCAGGCAUCUGGAGCGCUCUCUUAGGUGCUUGCAGGAUCCAUGGCAACUUCAAGGUUGCUGAGACCGUUGCUAGAGCUCUUAUUGACUUGGACCCGCACCAUGGCGGCCGUUACGUGCUACUGUCAAACAUAUAUGCUGCUGGAAGCAAGUGGGAAGAUGUUACCAAGGUUCGGAAGAAGAUGAAAGAUCUGAAGGUUGAGAAGGAGCCGGGCUGGAGCUGGAUUGAAGUGGAUGCCACUGUGAAGCAAUUUUUCGCUGGCGAUCAGACCAACUUGCAGCACGGUGAGGUAAUGUUGAUGUUGGAAGAUAUCAACAGAAGGUUGAAAUAUGAGGGCUAUGUACCGCUUGGUAACAAGUCGCCGUGUGACAUAGACGAAUGAGAGAAGCUCUCAAAUGCAAUGGUACCAUGGAAGCCGGUAUCUUGUUGUUCGCUUUAGAGCAGGCAAAAGCACUUGGUAAGCGCCUAAGGAUCAAGGGAAGAUUCCAAAGCUAAUGAACGGUAAAUUAUUUUAUUA